GGGCGGCGCGGCCGCGAAGGCCGCCUGCCGCCGCAUCCUGGAGGAGGCGCCCGGCCGGGGGUGGCACGAGGGCUUCUCGGCCAAGGGUUCGCCAGGGGACCAGUGCACCGACGAGCACCUGGACCCCGACGAGAUGUGGCUUUUCGCUAUAGCGUCGCAGUUCAGCGAGAAGAACCCCUUUGUGAAUUUUGGCCGGGCACUCUUGCGACUCGCCCAAGCCACCUUGCAGGAAGCUGGAGAGCGAUUGCGCAUCACAUUGGCAAGGUUGGUAUUGGUAUGUGAGUUGCGCGACGCCGAUCUCUGCAAGCACGCUCCGAGCAUAGGGGGCGUGUUUUUUAUUGUUGGGGAGCUUUUCCUGCAGGCCACCACAGACCUCGACGACGAGCCCUUCGAUCUGGAAGUUAUGCAGCAAGCCAUGCAGGAGGUUGCAAGUCUGGAGGAUGCGAAGCGCAGCCUCCGUCCCCAGCGUACCUGGAGCCUCUUGAAGCUAUCGCUGGCCUUCGGUACGAUCGCUGCAGCGAAUGCCCAGGCACGUUCGGAGAAUGCUUCAAGGAUCCUAGAUAUGUUCAUUGAGCGCUGGCUGAAGAUGAAGCAGUCCCUCCUCUUGUCGGGAUGGAGAGGACUCAUGGCGUUGUCCGUUGGGCUCGCGAGGCACACUGGCGUAAGCGUCAGCGGACUCUACAAGGUCACCCCGGAGCCCCUGUGGCCCCAGCUGCGGCACCUCCUGGCCAGCUGCGGCUGCGUGGCCUCCUCCCUGGCGGCGGCCGGCGCGGCGGCCGCGCCGAGGCCGUCGGAGACCUCCUCGCUAGCGGCGGCCGGCGCGGCUGCCGCGCCGAGGCCACCAGAGGCCUCCUCGGCGGCGGGGCCCAGCGCGGCGCCCGCAGCCGCGCCAGCGAUGGCCACGAUGCGGGAGCGGAAGGCGUUCCGGGAGUUCCGGAACGGCACCGGCUUCUUCGCCACGGUGUGCGACGGCGACUCGCCCGAGGACCGGAUCCCAGCGUUCUUCUUCCGCGAAGCGGCAAGGACGCACAGCGAUUCCGUCCGCCCCGGCACUCGCUUGUGCAUGCGAGUGCGGCCAGAGGUUGGCAGCAGCAGCGCCACACACGUCAGACCAGCGGACAAGGCCUUCGGUGGCGGUUGGCAGCUGGUGGUCGGCACGGACGCCGCCAUCGGGCCGCCCGAGCCCUUCGUUCUGAGCUGCAUGCCGUCGCAUGGAGCCGUGGAGGUGUACGCCGUGGUCCUGGAGACGUCCGGCGAGGAGCACGCGGCGAACGGGAACGUCUACCGCAAGAUCACGGUGGCGGACGGCAGCUGCCCGAGAGGCCUGUGCUGGAUCUCCUUCGGGCGCACCUCCGCGGAGCUGCCGCCCCCUCACGGGCGCGGCACGCUGCUCCGCAUCUCCGCCGAGAGGGCGGGGCGGACGCUCAAGAACGGCAGCGGCACGCCGCUGUCGCCGGGGGACGGGCCUCACGCUGAGAAGCUAGCAGCGUGGGCCCGGGGGGCAGGCGUGCUGCGAGACCACGCCGUCGGCGCGAGCCGGCGGUUGUUCAACAUGUGGAUCCUGAUCCUGACGUACUUCCCCCACCACCUCCCGAUCCUACCGACGGCCUCGUGGACCAAAUUCUUUUCAGAUGCGACAUACGGAUGCCUGAUGGGACGAUUUGUGGAGAAUUCGUUCACGGUGCUGCAGGAGGCGUUGGCGCAUCACGGUGCCAUCGAAAAACCGGACCAGUUGAUUGGCCAGUUCUAUGUGUGCAAGUUCUGCAAGGCCUUCGACAAGCACUCUGUGAAGCUGCACAUGGCCGUCUCGCCUGAGCUCAAGCCUCAAGCGCCGCAGCCCGAGGCGUGGAGCCGCCCGUGCGCGGAGCCCGCUCGGCGCGGCCCCGCGCGGAGGGGCCGACGCCGAGCUCUCGCGGCGAAGCUGCUGGCGCGCAGGGCCUUCGAGGCGCGCAGGGCGCGCGCCGCCUCGGCGGCGGCGGCCGGCUUCGGGCAUGCGCUCAGAGGUACACGCAACCUGCGUGUACUGACCCACACCAAGGCCAAGGCUGGGGGCGAGGGGGCCACCCGCCAGUGCCUGACCAACCUUCACUCGCUCGCCUGGGACCCCAGACCGAGCUCCGAGCUCCGCUCGAAGCUGGCUCCCAGGGGCCCCAUCUCGAGGUCCACCCUGGCCCGCUCUCCGAGCCGCGCCCAGGACGCGGCUGCCGCCUCCGCCGUGCCGGACGAGGUGGAGGACCGCGGCGGCGAGCAUGCGAGCAUGGGGCCUUGCAGGGGAGAGAAGGCAAGCAGCACGGCCAGCAGCGGGUACCUCACCCCGCUGGCCAGAGCCCCGUGGCAGUCAUAUGCUCAAGAGAAGCCGGCCAGGAUGGAGCUUCCGGGGAGGGGUCGGGGUUGA